GUGAUGCAGGCAUCUGUUCCAUAAAAAAGUAGUUGGUUAGAGCAAGAGAUUAAAAGGCAUGUGAAGGUCGUUUCCUCAAACCUUGAGUUGCUUCUUCUUUCAAUUGUCCUCAAAUUUGUUACGUAUUUUAGACUUGAGCAUAGUAGAAACAACAGUUUUUAAAUGUGAGAACAACUGGAAAGUCCUGAGUUUCUUCCAAAACCCAAGGGGCUUGCAUUGAGCUGCGAGUAUCGAGAACCACAACAAACUGGUCCAGUGAAGAUCCCAACAAAGUAAGACAAGAAGACUGGAAGAUAGUUUAGAAAGGAAAGACUGUGAAAACAAUAUGAACAUAAGUCAGGAUUUGCAGAACUGUCCAGGUAUGACAACGACAAUUGCUCACAGUCUUAGCAGCAGAAACUUUGUUCAAAGCAUAACUAUUGACGUUAUUCUAAAUGGCAUUCUUAGUAUUUCUGCAACUUUUGGAAAUACAAUGAUUAUAGUGGCCAUCUUGAGAUCCCAGAACCUACAAACGCCRUCCUACUUACUGAUAACAAGUUUAGCCUUCACUGAUCUCCUGGUUGGUUUAGUAUUUCAUCCAUUCCAGAUAAUUUKGGGCACCUACUACUUGCAGAAAAAUUACAAGAGAUUCUGCAGAUUGGCUAUACUGCACAUUUUCCUUUUGUCUUAUUUUGGUUUUGUUUCUCUGGUGAUGGUCACAUGYAUCAGUAUAGACAGAUACUUGGCGCUUACCCUAAGACAUCGAUACACCAUUAUUGUCACCAGGAAACGAGUCCGCUCAUCGAUCGUUAGCUUAUGGAUCUUUGCUGUGUUGUUAGCAUCUUUAACAUUAAUAGAAAAUUCUGUGGGUUUUUUGAUGAAAGUGGCAGUCAUUCUAGCCUCAGUCCUCUUAUUAGUCAUCUUAUAUUGCUACAUCAAGUCUUUCAGAGCUCUCCAUCUUUACACAGUCCAAAUUCACAUCCAACAACCAAACCCGUUAGCUGGUAACUUUGAUGUUGCCAGAUACAAGAAAACUUUGAAGACGAUGCUUGUGGUACUAGGAUGUCUUCUUUCGUGUUAUUUACCCCUGGUAUGUUCGAUUGCAGGUCAAAUGGUUUUUAAAGAGGAGCCAGUUACUAUGUUUUAUUUUGCAGCGAUUACUCUGAUGUGUCUUAAUUCCAGCAUAAACCCAGUUAUUUAUUUGAUAAGGUUUGGGGAUAUUCGUAACGCGAGUCAAGAAAUGUUGAGGAUUUUCAUACAGUCAUUGAGACAUCGCCAUUAAUAAAUUUCUGUUUUUUAUGACGGCUCGAUUCUGUUCGUUGCCAAUUCUUUUGCUCUAACAGGCGUUAAGCUGUAGCUGUACUAAAGGGAUAAAUGGGGAGAGUACCUCUUGUGUAGUGCAUAAAAUGUCGGUGAGAAAACUGAAAAAGGGGAUCCAAAACAUUGAUUUGUAUACGACAGUCUUAACAACCAAGUGUUUUAUUUGAAAAAGAACAUAUAUGAGUUUGGAUAGACAGGUGUCCAAGGUUAUUAGUCAUGUGUAAGUAAAACACCGACCGCGUAGACAAGAAUUAUCAAUAGCGAAGAUUGUUUAUU